GAUCACAUGACAAUUUAUAAUGGUUUAAGAUUCAUUAUUAUUAUUAUCCACUGGAUCUAGGGUUUUCUCAAAAUUAUUCAUCGUCACCAAAAAGCUAACCCUAAGAAAGCCAUUGGAUUUUUUUUCUGUAAUUUUUGUUUUGGAAAAUUUACAAAAUCUGAAAUCAACAAAUCAAUCGAACCGAAGAAGAAGAAAGCAGAUCUGCUAGUUUUUCCUUCUUUUCUUUCAAAAUUUCCCUUGAGAUCGAACACCUCCCAAAAAGAGAGCACAGAUCUAUGUAAAAACGAAUCUGGCCAAAACAUGAGGAGAAACCCUAAAUUUCUCCUUUGAUUUUUGUUUUUACUGUUAUUGAACUCGCAAUCUGCAAGAAAUCUGUUCAAAUCUAAAGAGAACCGAAUCGAUCGAAACAACUGUAAAAACUUUUUGUUCGUUGAUAAAUUUGACGAGAAAUUGAGGAUCUGAAAUCUGAUGAUGAGUAUGUACAAAUCGGUUGUGUACCAAGGAGAGGAAGUGUUGGGAGAGGUUGAGAUUUAUCCACAACAACAUCUAAGGGAAGAAGAUGGGGGGAAAUUAACGGUGAUGAUGAUGGAAGAAGAAAUGAAGGAAAUCAGGAUAGGAUAUUUGACGCAAGGCAGUGAGAGAUGUCCGCCACUUGCAGUGUUGCAUACCAUUACUAGUACUGGGAUUUGCUUCAAAAUGGAAUCUUCAAAGGACAACAACUACUAUUCUUCUUCCUCUCAGGACUUGCCUCCGCUUCAUCUUUUGCACUCGGAAUGUAUCAGAGACAACAAGACUGCAGUAAUGCCUUUGGGAGAUCGUGAGCUCCAUUUGGUUGCGAUAUAUUCUAGGAAUAGCGAUAGACCCUGUUUCUGGGCUUUCACUGUUGCAAGGGGACUCUAUGAUUCUUGUCUUGUCAUGCUGAACCUUAGAUGUCUUGGAAUUGUAUUUGAUCUGGAUGAAACUCUCGUUGUUGCAAAUACAAUGCGCUCAUUUGAGGACCGAAUAGAGGCUUUGCAACGAAAGAUGAACACUGAGGUUGAUUCACAACGUGCUGCAGGUAUGAUGGCAGAGAUUAAGCGUUAUCAAGAUGAUAAAGCAAUAUUAAAGCAGUAUGCAGAGAAUGACCAGGUUGUUGAAAAUGGAAAGGUGAUUAAGAUUCAGUCUGAGGUUGUUCCCACCUUAUCAGAUAAUCACCAGCCUAUUGUUCGACCUCUUAUUCGAUUACAAGAGAAAAACAUUAUUCUGACACGCAUCAACCCACAGAUUCGUGAUACUAGUGUUCUUGUGAGGUUGAGACCUGCUUGGGAGGAUCUGCGAAGCUACUUGACUGCAAGAGGGCGUAAACGAUUUGAGGUUUAUGUUUGUACAAUGGCUGAAAGGGAUUAUGCUUUGGAAAUGUGGAGGCUUCUUGAUCCUGAGUCAAAUUUGAUCAAUUCAAAAGAAUUGUUGGAUCGAAUUGUGUGUGUCAAAUCUGGUUUGAGGAAAUCAUUAUUCAAUGUCUUUCAAGAUGGAAUAUGCCAUCCAAAAAUGGCGUUGGUUAUUGAUGAUCGUUUAAAAGUUUGGGAUGAGAAAGAUCAAUCUCGCGUGCAUGUUGUUCCAGCAUUCGCUCCUUAUUUCGCUCCUCAAGCCGAAGCAAAUAAUACUAUUCCAGUUUUAUGCGUUGCAAGAAACGUCGCAUGCAAUGUUAGAGGUGGUUUUUUCAGAGAAUUUGACGAAGGCCUUCUUCAAAAAAUUCCUGAAAUUUCAUAUGAAGAUGAUAUUAAAGAUAUUCCUUCACCUCCAGAUGUGGGCAAUUAUUUGGUCUCUGAGGAUGAUACUUCUGCUUCUACUGGAAACAAAGAUCCACUUACAUUUGAUGGCAUGGCCGAUGCUGAGGUUGAAAAAAGACUAAAGGAGGCAAUUUCAACAGCAUCAACAGUCUCUUCAUCAACCCUUAACCUAGAUCCAAGACUUGUUUCUUCUCUUCAGUUCACUAUGCCUUCUUCUAGUUCAGUUCCAUUGCCAGCAGCUCAGACAUCAAUGGUAUCAUUUCCAAACAUGCAGUUUUCUCAGGCAGCACCCGUGAUUACACCAGUGGCUCCAGUUGUAGCCCCAGAACCAAGCUUGCAAAACUCCCCGGCUAGGGAAGAAGGUGAGGUUCCAGAAUCAGAAUUGGAUCCCGAUACAAGGAGGAGACUUCUGAUAUUGCAACAUGGGCAAGAUACCAGAGAUGCAACACCACCUGAACCUGCAUUCCUCCCUGCAAGACCUGCAAUGCAAGUUCCAAUUUCACGUGCUCAAUCCCGUGGGGGUUGGUUUUCUGCUGAUGAGGAGAUGAGCCCACGGCAACUGAACCGAGCAAUUUCCAAAGAUUUUCAUUUAGAUUCUGAGCUAAUGCAUAUCGAGAAACAUCGGUUCCCUCCCUUCUUCCCUAAGGCUGAGAAUUCUGUUCCAUCGGAUAGACAUCGCGAAAAUCAAAGAUUAUCAAAAGAGGCAUUUCAUAGAGAUGAUCGUUUGGGGUUAAACCAUACAUCGUCUAGUUAUCAUUCUUUCUCAGGUGUGGAGAUGCCCGUUGGUCGGUCAACUUCUAGUCACAAGGAUCUUGACUUCGAAUCUGGACGAACUGUUCCAAGUGGAGAAACUCCAGUGGGAGUCUUACAAGAUAUUGCAAUGAAGUGUGGAGCCAAGGUGGAAUUUAGACCAGCUUUAGUUGCUAGCAUGGACCUGCAAUUCUCUAUUGAGGUUUGGUUUGCUGGGGAGAAAGUUGGUGAAGGAAUUGGGAGAACAAGAAGAGAAGCUCAACGUCAGGCUGCAGAGGAUUCCAUAAAAGGCUUAGCUAAUACAUAUUUGUCACGUACUAAGCCUGAUAAUGGGUCCGCACAAGGGGAUUUAAGGUUGGCCAACACAACUGACAAUGGCUUUCCUGGUAAUUUGAAUUUGUACGGGAACCAGCCAUUGUCUAAAGAUGAAUCUAUGUCAUUUUCAAUUGCACCGGAACCAUCUAGGUUUCUUGAUCCAAGGCUGGAAGGCUCCAGGAAAUCUCUGGGUUCGGUCACCGCACUUAAAGAAUUGUGCAUGAUGGAGGGCCUUGGGCUAGCUUUCCAAUCACAGCCACCAUCUGCAUCAAAUACAUUGCAGAAAGAUGAAGUAUAUGCACAGGUUGAAGUAGAUGGGCAGGUUUUAGGAAAAGGUAUCGGUUUCACGUGGGAAGAGGCUAAGAUGCAGGCUGCUGAAAAAGCCCUUGGAAGUCUAAGAUCAGUGCUCGGCGGCCAAUAUACUCAGAAACGUCAGGGUUCUCCAAGGUCAUUGCAAGACAUGCAAAGCAAACGCUUAAAGCCGGAUUUUUCGCGAGGUCUACAGAGGAUGCCUUCUUCUGGUAGAUAUCACAAGAAUGCUCCUCCGGUUCCUUGAAGAAAACCCUUUUGGUAGAUUUUUCUCAUUUUAUAGUGUAGCAGUUGUUGUGACAUCUGUACAGUACGUAAUAUGGACAACGGGUGAAGGCCAUUGAGACCUGCCAACCCAAGUUAACUGUUUAACUUCGAGUGUUUCUUGUAUGACGUCUGAACCCCAACAGAUGAGAUUUCAUGACAUGAAUCAUCCGGAAGCAACCGAGGAUUCUCAUUGACUGUGUUAUUCCUUCCCGGGGAUGAACGCUCAUUUGGUUCCGACAAGGUGGCAAAGAGAGUGCCAAAUUCAUGUGAGACAUGGUCCAAUUAUAGCCAGUAACUUUAUUUCUGAACCAUAGAGUCUAGGACCCCCUACUAACUGGUUUGCUUGCCAUAUAUAUCUGUCAGUACGUGUGAAAAUUACUCUUGCAAACCUGUGUCUGAAAUUGGUGAAAUUCGCUUAGUUCACUGACUUUUUGUACUACAAUUUUGAUUAUACGAGUUUGGAUCU